GGCGAUGGGGAGCUGGGCCCUGGCGUGGACGGUGCUUUGCAGCCUGGUCGCUGCAACCCUGGUCUCAGCUGAUGAAGACUGCAAGUGGUAUAUAGACAGAAAUGGCUCCUGGCACCGUGGCAUCGACUGCAACUUCCCUUCUUUCUGCUGUGGUGACUGCUACCAUCGCUUCUGCUGCUUUGAUAUCAGGAACCUUCUCACUGAACGGCAGCAAAAGCACUGCAUGGCCUUUGGCCCGAGGACCAUUGCUGGCAUUGCUUCAGCUGUGAUUCUCUUUGUGGCCAUUGUUGCCACCAUUGUCUGCUGCUUCCUGUGCUCCUGCUGCUACUUGUACCAGCGACGGCAUCACAUGCAGACUCCUUAUCAAGGUCAAGAGAUUCCACUUUCUGGUUAUCCUGAUCAGCCACCAGACCCUUAUCCUAUGGAUCCAAAAGCAGGGCCAGCAUUUCAUCCUGGAUAUGCCCCUGUGUUUCCCUACCCACCUACAGUUCCAGCACAGUAUCCUCUAUAUCCACCUGGGCCACCAUACUACAAUCCUUCAGCUCCUCCACCGUACAUCCCACCGCAACCAACACAGCCUAGCACUUGAGAAGAAUCUUGGAGGACUAAUCAAAAGAAGCCUUUCUCUAUGGGCCUGCUAACUCCCUUUUUACAGAACUUGUAGGGGGACUCCAACUGUCCUGAAACCCUAGCCUGUGUCAGUAUUUGCCAGUGUUUUUUAAAAAAUUAGUUUUCUGCAUGGUAGGAAGCAUUGUGACUUUUAAUUCUUUUCUCCACUCAACUCAGAUACUGAGAGAAUCACCUUGCCCUCCUCACUUAAUAUAUGGUUCAAGAAGUAGCUGAUGAUUACAAAUGCAAGUGCCCAAAGCUUGUGCAAGCACCAUACGUGUAAUUGGCAGAUUUUUCCUCUCUGAAACCAAACUUUUCAGAGGGAGUGGGUAGGCAGAUUGCCUCCAGGGGGUUGCAAAGAUCUAAGUGAAACUCUCUUUCCCUAAACUGCCAGGAGGAUCAAUUUUAGUUCCAUUCUUCAUAACUUCCAGGUGAUUUCCAGGAAGCCCUGAGGCCUAAGAUGGAUAUACAUAUAGAAGGUCUGAAGAUAUUUGGUGCUAGCGUAAGAUCCUUACGCUAAGUAGAUCUUGAUCAGAAUCUGGAGGAAAAACUGCUUGAAAGCCCAUAAAGGUUCCCAAAUAAAGGUGUAGGUGCAAUUAAUACAUAGGAAAAGCAGAUGAGCCCAGAAAGACUCUUUUAAAGAUGAGAUGAGGAAUAGACAAGAGAAGGCACACUGACUUUCAUGCUCCUUAGCACAGAAUGAUAAGAAGUCCAAUAUCUGAAGAUAUAGAGAUCAAACUGUGGGCAUUUCAUAUACAAGUGAAAAUACAUAUUUUCUAUGUUUUCCCAGGAAAAAAAUAGGUGACAAAAGAAAUUCUUUUCAAUUGAACAUAAUUUGGAUUUUCAGAGGGAUUUUUAAAAUGAUUUAUCUACUGGAUUGAAAUUUCUCUUGUGCAUUCCACGCCAAUCUAAUGAGAGUUAACUUUUCACCAUGAUAUUAUAAAUUUCAGUAUAAACUGCCCUCAGUAUUUGAAAAGGUAAAGUAAGCAUUUAAAUCAGAUUGUGAAUUCUUUACUAAUGGCAGAGGUAUCUUGUUGAGUUCACAUGUUAACUUCAUUAACAUGAAGUGCAAAUGUGAAAACAGGACAAUAUCAUUUAGGAUACUUGCUGUUUUUGUUUAUAGUCACUGCCCAAAGUAACUAUAAGAAUUUCUUUCAAAUCUUAUGUGUUUUCUCCCAUGGUGAGACCCCUUUCAUGUACAUAAAUUCAUGUUCUUUCAUAAUAUUCUAAUUCAGUCGAUUCUUUUCACUAAAACAGAUUAGUUAAGAUUAGCUAGCCCCUUUACUUAUCCUGAAUCCAAAUCUCAGAUUUGCCUCCAAUCAAUUAAUUGUACUCCUGAGGCAUGGGAAUGCCUAUUAAGAAAUGGGUGCCUAUUAUUUAUGCAGUAUAGCUUAUUUCUCCCGAAAGUCCUUGGUGUUUAUUGUGGCUCUAUCUGCAUUUUAUUAUGUGCAAAAUCUAAUAUUCUGCCACUGGAAUAUUGCAAAGAACACUGGAGUUCUCUGUUUUCUUCCUGACUAUGUCAGUCUGGCCAUUCUAGGGCGGUCUCAUAGAUUUCCAGAACAGAAAGUCAUUUAUGGUGUAGCUGCAGAAGAAUAGUUGCUGCUGCAGAAUAGUACGUUUUGCACAUUCCUGCUGCAUUCUUGCUGCAUGACCCAAUUCAUCAAUCUGCCACUACAUCUCAUUGUUCUUUCCGAACAUCAGCAAGAUUUAGUGGGAUAAGUUUGGACAGUCCCACCUAUUCCUCCCCACCUGCUGAAGGGAUAUUAACUUCGUACUUGCCAGUAUUGCAAAGGCUGUAUUAUUUGGAGCACAGAGAAGGCUGGAGAAGCAAGACAAAUGCAUGAUGCUUCAACCAGAGUAUAAAAACAAUUCCUGUGCAAGAAAAGGCCACCAUGUGCUAUGAUGCCCACUAACUUCAUGGCUUCCAGUAACUGGGAAAACAUGUUAGCCAAGUUGAAGAAGCCAUGCAUUGGCCAUAUGCCUUUGAUGUUGCACAGAGCUCUGCAAAAGCAAAGGGUUUAGCAAUGCUGAAGCAACACAUCCUCUCCUUGCAUUUGACCAUUUCUAAUUCCUGCAAGAAAUUUUUGGAGGAAGGAGUUAAUUGAGUCAGCCCUUUUGCUCAAACCACAUUCCCACUGUGUGGGAAUGGCCUGCUGAAUCGCGGCAGCAGUUGCACCGCUGUCUUCUUUUUCUAACCAGAAUGGCAAACGUUUGCUUUGCAAAAUGUUCGUUACAAUG